GUCCCUGACUUACUCAAGACUCCAAUCGAUUAUAGCUGCAGGCUAGUCUUGACCUACUUGUACAUUCUCUUUGACCACGGUCAAGUUCAUGUGGCAGCCAAAACCUUCGAAAGGCUGGGUAUCCAAUAUGUUUCGUAUGUCCAAAACCCUCGACGUGAUCACCCUAUUCCACAAACCCUCGAUCUCGGCCUCGACGCGGGUGCACAACCUCCUCAAACAAGCCUCCGCACAAGCCGCCCAGACUGCCACCGAAGAUCAAGCAUCGGACCAUUCACACCAGAAUGCCACGGUGACCAGGGAUCCGUUUGAACUCGAGAUCAAUGAAGGGGCGCCCACGCCGGACCAGUUGAAAAGCAUCUUCCAGUAUCUUGGUGGAGGAGUUGCUGGAGAACUUGUCAAAGGGGCGGCGAGCGAAAGUGAUGCUUUGAGGAAGGUACAGAAUGAUGGGAAUGCUUUCAUUAGGCCAGUUGUCGUCGACUGGGCGAGAGGACAGGCUGUUGUGGGAGACAAGGAGAGUGAGAUUCUGAAGUUGUUGAAGGAGGAGAAGGAGAAGUAGAGCUUCCGUACCUUGACGAAUGUGUGUAUUGGAGCUGCGCUUGAGGCAAUGAUUAUGGAAACAAGGAUACUGGUGAGCUAUGUCUUGCAGCUGCAGGGGGGGUAUGUUGCCUCAAGGAGGUCUACAUCCACGGGGUGGAUGUUGGGGAGUGCCCAUAACCUGACCAGGUGGAAGUGAAAAGUCCAUGAGUACGGAGUACGGAGUAGUUUUAUGAACAUACUCUUCUCAUGGCAACGGCUCUUUGAGUCCACUUAUCGUCCUGUAUAACCCGCCUCUGGGGCCCAGAACCCACAGAAGCAAAGCUGUACCUCACCUUGCAUUUC